AUUAGUGACUGUAGAUGUGAAUUUAAAUAUUUUUCACAAAAAUAUUGAUAUACAAUAGGUGAUUGCUUCAGAAGACAUGGGGUUUUGGAAACAGCUUGGUUUGCUUCUGUGGAAAAACUAUACUUUAAGGAAAAGACAAAAGUUCAGAUUAUUGGCUGAAAUAGUGACCCCCACCAUUCUUUUGUUAGUGCUGGUGUUAGUCCGGACUCGUCCGGAUCUUCAGGAAUACAACCAUGAAUGUCAUUUUGAUGGAAAAGCGAUGCCGAGUGCAGGUGUUCUCCCCUUUCUUCAGUCCUUCUUUUGUACCUUUAAUAACACUUGUCAUGAAACAGGAACACAAGACGAACAACCGGGACAUGUUGGCAACUUUGACAAGUCCAUACUGACUAACCUGGUCUUUGACAUCGAGGAAGUGCUGAAUAGUAACAUAGACAGAGAUCUGAUUAGUGACCUGCUGGAGGACUGGGAAAUCAUCACUCAGCUGAUGAACAAAAUUAGCAGCGGCAGUACUACAGGAGCAAUACGAAUCGGAACAAUAUUGGGAAAUCCCCAAAAUAUAAGUGAUGUUGUGAAGACGAAGGAGAUCAACCUGUCAAUAGAUGUUUUGAUCAACGUCAUGAAUGCCACCCUAGACUUCAAUCAGCUUAACAAACCAAGUUUAAACAAGAUAUUUAAGGAUUUUGACACCUGCCCCGACUCGCAGCACCGCCAGCCUGCCGCCCUGGAGAUAUGGCAGCGUAUUUGUGAUACAGGAAGCGUGCUUCACACGAUCAACUUUCACAGUGAUGAAGCUAAGAAACAGAGUCGGGAGGAGCUUUGUAACCUUGAAAAGAGUGACCUUGAACAUAUGUACCAGGCUUUCAGAGCUCAGUUCAGCAUCCAGAGAUUUUUUAUACAGAUGUUUAAAUUUAUAUUUGUCAACACAAUGAAAAUUCCAAAUGUUCAAGAUAUCUACAAGAGAUUUAAAAAGCUGAUAAGUGAUUUAACAUCUUUGAAGGAGUUGGACGUCAAUAAGAUGGAAAAAUUCUUCAGAGACAUGAAUAAAAAGAAAAUGAAUUCUACUCUGAUCAUUCAAAAUCUUGGUGACUUUGUUUGUGGGGCCAAUUCCUUUUUACGCAUGCAAAGCAAACGUUCUGAAGAUCUGUUUGAGAGAUUUCGAUCUCAUGGUCGUCUUUCAAGAGGAGAAUCCGACUCAAAUAGUGCCACAAAUGGUUACGGAAAGGAUCGUCCUCUUUGUCGGGACGUGGUGAAUUUCCUAAAUGAGGAUGUCCAGACCCAGAUUCUGUGGAAGAAUCUCAGACCUGUGGUGAUGGGGAGGAUCACGUAUGCCCCAGACAUACCAUCAGUCAGGAAAGUUAUAGAAAAGGCGAAUCAGACAUUCUCUGACUUUGCGAGAUCAGUACAGUUAGCUAAAGAUUGGGAAGGCUAUAUUGAUUCUGUCCAGAAGCACUUUGCAGAGAGUUCAACAUAUGAUAUUUUGAGAAGGUUCUCUGGGUCCUGUUUGUGUGACCUGGUGGAGAACAUCACAAUGACAGCCUUUGGUAAGACAAAGAGUGUGGGGAUCUGUCGAUUCACCAAGACUCUACUGAGUGGGAGCCCGGAUAUCGGGAGUUAUAACUGGAGGGACAUUAUCAAGUUUACUAAAUCACUGGCCAGGGUCCUAGCAGAUUAUGGAGAGUGCAUGGUAUUUGACAAGUUUGUUGGAUUUGCGACAGAAGAAGAAAUGCUUGUAGAGAGUGCCAAAAUGGUGGAAAACAACACUCUGUGGGGAGCCCUGGUGUUUGAUGUCAGCAAUGAGACACACAUGUACUCUUUGCCGUCCCAUGUCGCUUACAAAAUAAGAAUGGAUGCAGACAGAGUGGACACCACAGACAGAGUCCUAGAUCAAGUGUACAAGCCUGGUCCCCGGAGAACGCCCGGUAAGCAGACCAAGUUUCUAAGUUACGGCUUUGCGUACCUCCAGGAUAUGGUGGAACAUGCCAUCAUUAAGAUACAGACAGGCUCUGACAAAGACGUGGGGGUGAUGGUGGAACAGUUUCCAUAUCCAUGCUACAUACGAGAUUCGUUCACCUACGCCAUUGAGAUUGUUCUCCCUCUUCUUCUGGUAUUAGCCUGGAUACUACCAGUAGCCAUGCUGUGUAAGAAUAUUGUAUAUGAAAAGGAGAAGAGGUUAAAGGAAGUGAUGAGAAUGAUGGGAUUGGGUAAUGGCGUCCAUUGGCUGGCCUGGUUCAUUAAUGCGUUUGUUGUAAUGAUGUUCACCAUGGGACUUCUUGUUGUUUUAUUGAAAUAUGGAAAUGUCAUCAAGUACACAGACCCUACGAUUCUGCUGUUCUUCUUCACCACAUUUGCCGUGGCUACCAUCAUGCAGUGUUUUUUCUUCAGCGUUCUGUUUCAUCAGGCCAAUCUGGCAGCCUGCAGUUCAGGCUUCCUAUACUUCACGCUGUAUAUUCCAUACGUGUUGGCUAAACGAUGGCAGGAGGUUCUACAUCUCCCAGAAAAAAUGGCAAUCUGCUUGUCCUCCAGCAUUGCGUUUGGAUUUGGCUGCUUUAAGAUUUCUCAGUUUGAGCAGCAGGCCGUGGGCGUGCAGUGGAACAACAUCUGGGACAGCCCUAUGACAGGAGACGACUUUUCCAUGAUGCAUAUCAUUAUCAUGAUGUGCGUGGACUCAGUGAUCUAUGGUUUGCUGACGUGGUACAUCGAGGCAGUGUUCCCAGGGCAGUAUGGGAUCCCGAGACCUUGGUACUUCUUUGUACUGAAAUCUUACUGGUGUGGGGGCGUAUCUGAGAAGGACAGUCUGGAGGAGGGUCUCUCACCAUAUUUCGACCCGGAGGGCAAGCCAGUAGAAGAUGAACCUCAGGACCGGACGUUAGGUGUGGCUAUCAGAAACCUGAGGAAGGUGUACAGUGAAGGAAACAAGGUGGCCGUCAAUGGACUCAGUCUCAACUUCUACGAAGGGCAGAUAACUUCGUUCCUAGGUCAUAAUGGAGCUGGGAAAACGACCACAAUGUCUAUUUUGACAGGGAUGUUUCCACCAACAGAUGGCACUGCGUAUAUCUAUGGAAAAGACAUAAGGAAGGACAUUGAUGAGAUUCGUCAGAGCCUGGGAGUUUGUCCUCAGCACGAUUUACUGUUUCAGUUUAUGACCGUAAAGGAACACCUCUGGUUUUAUUCACAGUUGAAAGGAUUAAGUCUGCAAGAGACUGCAAAUGAAAUCAAUCCAAUGAUCCGGGACAUUGGAUUGGGUCACAGGAAGCAUGCCUUUCCGGACAUGUUGUCAGGUGGAAUGAAGAGAAAGCUGUCUGUGGCCAUCGCUUUCGUGGGGCAUGUGAAGACGGUCAUUCUGGAUGAGCCAACAGCGGGGGUUGACCCAUACUCCAGGAGAUCAAUAUGGGAGCUGCUUCUGAAGUAUAAAGAAGGUAGAACGAUUAUUUUAUCCACUCACCACAUGGAUGAAGCAGACGUUCUGGGAGACAGAAUAGCCAUUAUCUCGCAGGGAAGACUUUGCUGUUGUGGUUCCAGCCUCUUUCUGAAAUCUCAGUACGGUAAUGGCUACUAUCUGACGAUAGUUAGAAAUCUGAACGAGGAGAAUAUUGAAAUGAAGGGAGAUAAAUGUGCAUCACCACCACUGAGUCCUCUCCCUUUGAAGAAAAGUCCAGUCCCGGCUCCCAGAAGAAAAGCCAACCAUAAAGUGGUGAAUGAAGCUGAACCAAUUCAUCAUAGCAUUUCUUGUGUGGAGAAGCUAAAGAAAGAUGAAAGUUCCUGUCCUUCUACCUGUAAAUCAGGAACCACGGAGACCACGGUUAUAACAGAUGAAUUGCUCCGGUUUACAAGAAAGCGAUUACAGGCCUUCGUGAGGAAGUUUGUCAAGCGGGCAAAGUUUGUCGAGGACAAUUCUACUGAGGUCACUUUCUUGUUACCAGAGGUCAGUGCCCACAAUGGAGACUUUGAGGACCUGUUUAUGGAAUUAGAGAGAUCCAGGAAAAAGCUCGGAAUCUCCAGCUUCGGUGUGUCUGAUACCAGCCUGGAGGAGGUGUUCUUGAGAGUUGCUGAGCAAGAUGGUGAAAAACAAACAGAUGAAGUAAAACGAAAUAAACUAGAGGAAAAUUCAGACAGAGGAAGAGUUCCGAGGCCAGUGACAAACUUAAGUUUCCGACAUAACAGGAAAGCCUCCUACCUGAGAUCACAGUCCGUGGAGGAGAAGAAUGAAACUAUCGACCUGGAGGAGAGCAGUGCUGAUGGAUUUAAUCAUGAGUUACAAGAAACAGUUCAAGGAAAGAGACUCUUGUUCAUGCAGUUUUAUGCUUUACUUAUCAAAAGAUUUCAUCACUUCAAAAGGAGCAAGAAAGGCUUCCUGUGUGAGAUUGUAAUGCCAGUGCUGUUCAUCUUGAUCUCCAUGGUGUUUGCCAAAAUAGAAUCUCCAUACUCAGAGCCCCAACCAAUGACUCUGCACCCCUGGCAUUUUACACCAAAGAGGAGUGAUCCGCAUUUAUUUAUGUUCUACAGCCUGGAUGAAAAGUCUCAGCUGGGAAAACACCUUGUCAGAACUUUAAAAUCGGAUUACGGUAUCGGGAAUCGAUGUCUGGAUUCAGAAAUCUAUACAUUACAGGGAUACCCUUGUCAGCCACAGUAUGCAGCCUUAUAUAUCUCAGACACAACUAGAAAUCAGACACUGGAUUGUUCAUGCAGCACUGGUGUACAGCAGUGUCCAAAAGGAUCGGAGGGACUGGAACCUCCACUACAGAUGCUGGCUUCUACAGAUUACCUAUACGAUCUCACAGACAGAAACAUAUCUCAGUGGCUGCUGAAGACAAAUGAUCAGUUCAUUGGAAGGAGAUUUGGAGGCUUUUCAUUUGGAGAGAAAACCAAACUGGCUAAACUAAACAACAAGAAUGUACAGGAAUUACUGCAGAAAUUCUCAUCAGUUAAAACAGCUGACAAGUCUUACGGCGUAGAUAACAACAAGAUCUGGAGCAAUGUGGCUCUGUUGUUACACACCAUGGCAACAGAGGAUAUCGCCAAGGUUUGGUACAACAACAAAGGCUACAUUGCUGUGGUAUCGUACAUGAAUGUCGUCAACAACGUGAUACUGAGAAGUAGGCUCCCCCGAAACAAGGACCCCUCCAAAUACGGCAUCACUGUCAUCAACCACCCCCUACAACUAUCUCAACAACAGUCCCAUCAGGAAUCCAAAUUUAACAGUAAGGCUGAUGUGCUGGUGGCAACCUGUGUUAUUUUUGCCAUGUCCUUCAUUCCCGCCAGUUUUGUCAUGAUUCUAAUCGAUGAACGGAUCACAAAUUCCAAGCAUCUUCAGUUUGUCAGUGGCGUCAAUCCACUCAUCUACUGGUCAACAAACUUCUUCUGGGACAUGCUAAAUUACUCCAUUUCCUGUGCAUUGUGCGUCUGCAUCUUCCUGGGAUUUCAGGUCGAGUCGUACAUCAGUCCUAGUAACAUUCCAUGUCUCAUUCUACUGCUAAUUUUAUUUGGCUAUGCUCUGAUUCCAAUGAUGUAUCCCUUCUCCCGCAUGUUCAAUGUGGCUAGCACUGCCAUGGUGACCUUGAAGUCGAUAAAUAUCUUCAUAGGAACCACUUCCACUCUGUCGACGUUUAUACUGGAGCUCCUGGCAGAAGAGGAUGAGCAACUCCAGUACAUCAAUGAGCUGUUGAAGAAUGUGAUGCUGAUCUUCCCUCAGUACUGCCUGGGCCUGGGUCUAAUGGAGAUGUCCCGGAACCAGCUCUAUACCGACGCCUUCAAAAAAUUCAAUCUGAAGAGUAAGAUAUCCCCGCUACAGUUUAAUAUGGUGGGAAAAAACAUCCUAGCACUGUUUCUUCAAGGGACGCUGUUCUUUGUCAUCAAUCUUCUGAUUGAAUACAACUUCUGUAUUAAACCAAGACAAAUAACAAUAAAGGACUAUCCACAUGAUGACACGGAUGUGGAUGUGGAGAAGGAGAGGAAGAGAGUGUUAGACGGAGCGGCGGUGGAUGACAUUGUCAGGGUGGAAAACAUGACCAAGAUUUAUAAGAUGGCUGAGGGGACGUCAAAGCACACAGCAGUCGAUCGCCUGUGCGUAGGAAUACCCAAGGGGCAGUGUUUUGGGCUGUUGGGGGUCAACGGAGCUGGAAAAACUACAACAUUUAAAAUGCUGACAGGGGAUAUCCCAUUAUCAAGUGGAAUGGCAUCUAUUGCAGGACAUAGUGUGAUAGAUGAGAUUGACUUUGUUCGUAAAUGUGUCGGCUACUGCCCACAGUUUGAUGCUUAUGACUUAUUACUUACGUCUAAAGAAGUGCUCGUGUUUUAUGCUCGGCUUCGAGGAAUCCCAGAAAAAGAUGUCAAUAAGGUGGCUGACUGGGGAAUCAAGAAACUUGGGCUGAUUCCGUACGCCAACAAAAUAUCAGGGGGCUACUCAGGGGGAAACAGGAGAAAGCUGUCCACAGCCAUCGCAUUGCUGGGGAAUCCCAAGGUCAUUUUCCUGGAUGAGCCCACCACUGGUAUGGAUCCAAAAGCCAGGCGAUUUCUGUGGACCUGUAUCAACAGUAUUGUCAAAGAUGGGCGCUCAAUCAUAAUGACUUCUCACAGUAUGGAGGAGUGUGAAGCUUUGUGUGGCAGGCUAGCCAUCAUGGUCAAUGGAAAGUUUAGAUGUAUUGGCAGUAUACAGCAUCUCAAAAACAGAUUUGGUGAUGGUUAUACCAUACUGAUCCGAGUCAGUGGCGCUAAUCCUAACCUGGAGCCUGUGGAACGGUACAUAAACACCAUGUUCCCCGGCAGCACUCUUAAGGAGAAACAUCACAACAUGGUGCAGUACCAGCUGGGCCCUACCAUCAAACUGUCCUAUAUAUUUGGUCAGAUUGAGUCGGUCCGACAUGAAUUUUCUAUCGAGGAUUACUCUGUGUCGCAGACCACACUUGAUCAAGUAUUUAUUAAUUUUGCCAAGAAUCAGACAGAUAUUCUUCCUGAGGAGGAAAGUAGUGCAAUCGAUUUUCAGACCAUAGAUGAGAGUGCUGAUUCCAUGGAGAACCACACCCUGCAGAACCUGAGAGUGAGUCAAACAGGAAGUACAAUAGAUCUGAUUGGAAGUGAGACCGAUGACCCAAUUUAUGUGAAUACUGCUUUUGUGUCAGACUUGGAAGAAUCGGAUGUGUGAAGUGAUGCUGUGCGACUUUCUUAUUUAUUAUUGUUGUUUUCUUUUUGAGUUGGGCUUGUAACUCGACUUUGAGUGGCUUUAAUGUGCAACGUAUGAUGAGAGAUUCUUUAUUAUUGCAAGAAGGAUGUUAUUAAAAAUUAAUGAUGUACACGUUCAAA